AUCGAACCCAUCAAGGCAAUCUCACAAAACGAUCUUCCCAAGGUCAUCAAAAGCACGGCGCAAGCUAAUAAGAAACCGCUGAAAAGUUAUACAAUACCUACAACCCGCUCAUCAACCGAAACAGCAAGCAACAAAUACGAUCAUGCCCAUGCUAAAUGAUCCUUCCACAAGAUACAGACCUUUCUCGCCUGUCCCCUUUCCCCAGAGAACGUGGCCGGAAAAAACGUGCAGAAAGGCGCCAAUAUGGCUUAGCACGGAUCUGAGAGACGGGAACCAGUCGCUUGCAAAUCCCAUGUCGAACGCUCAAAAAAUGCGCUUCUUCCGUCAUCUUGUACAAAUCGGUUUCAAAGAAAUCGAGGUAUCCUAUCCUGCCGCAUCUGACAGCGAUUUUGCUUUCUGCCGUGACCUGCAAAAUGGCGGUGAGGUCCCGGAUGACGUGUGGAUCCAGGUCCUGACACCCGCGCGAUCCGAUCUCAUUGCCCGCACAUUUGAAGCUGUCGCAGGCCUCAAGAAUGUCAUCAUACAUAUGUACAAUGCGACUUCAUGUCUGUUCCGGGAAGUCGUGUUCAACAACAAUCGCGAGGAGACGAUCAAACUGGCAGUCCAACACACGAGAAUGAUAAGACAAUUGGCUGAGCAAUAUGCCCUCUCGCAUGGAACGAACUUUCGAUACGAAUAUUCGCCGGAGACAUUCUCUCAGACCGAAACGGCAUAUGCGGUCGAGGUAUGCGAGGCGGUCAAGGCUGUCUGGCUUGAAGGCAGAAGGAGUGUCUGGGCCGAUGGAAGAGAAGAGGAAAGGAUCAUUUUUAAUCUCCCGGCCACCGUCGAAGUCUCGACCCCUAACUGCUUUGCCGAUCAAGUCGAGCUCUUCUGCACUUCCAUCACUCAACGCGACAAAUGUAUCAUCUCCCUGCAUACUCAUAACGACCGUGGCUGUGCUGUCGCUGCCGCUGAGCUCGGCUGUCUCGCCGGUGCAGAUCGCAUCGAGGGCACGGUUUUGGGCAACGGGGAGCGUACCGGUAACGUCGAUCUUGUCACACUGGCGCUGAACAUCUACUCGCAGGGGAUGCCACCCCACCUGGACUUUUCCGACAUGUUCUCGGUCAUCGACACCGUGACAGAGUGCACAGGAUUACCUGUGCAUCCUAGACAUCCAUAUGCUGGGGAGCUGGUGUUUACCGCCUUCUCUGGAAGUCAUCAGGACGCCAUCAAAAAAGGGUUUGAGGCGCAGACCAAAAGAGAAAAGACCGGUGACAAGUUUUGGAGUAUGCCUUAUCUGCCUAUAGACCCUGCAGAUGUGGGCUGCGCGUAUGAGGCCGUGAUCCGAGUGAAUUCUCAAUCCGGCAAAGGAGGCAUCGCCUAUAUCGUCAAGUCGGCUCUUUCUCUGGACCUUCCCCGGCGGAUGCAGAUCGCUUUCUAUCAAGUUAUCCAGCGCAUGGCCGAAGAGACGGGCCGAGAGAUGACAUCGAAAGACAUCACGAUCUCGUUCCGGCAGACAUUCCACUUGGGAGGAUCGAUUUACGAUGGCCGUCUCGUCCUCAAGUCAUUUCAGAUUCGCGAUGUCUUGCCGUCCAUCGGAAGCACCCCCGAGCUCUCGCCAAUUGAUCGACCACCUCACAGCCGGAUGGCAUCGCUUUCGCUAUCGGGCCUGUUGGAGGGCUCUCCGGACCGGGCACAUGAUGAGCGCAACUUGCAGACGAGACCGAAACGCUUGACUGCCAAUAUCAGGGUGGACGGCAAGCUACGUGAAGUGUCUGGUGUGGGCAACGGUCCGCUCUCGUCCUUCCUCGAUGCACUGCAAUCCGACUUGGGCAUCUCGCUCUCGAUCCGCGAAUAUUCGGAACACUCUGUGGGCGCGGGCUCGGAUGUCAAGGCCGCGACAUACGUCGAGCUGAUCCCACCGGAAGCCGAUGCGAGAGACAAGACACAGGGAGGGUUCUGGGGCGUGGGAGUGGACGCCGACAUCACGGCUUCUGGUCUCAAGGCGGUCAUGAGCGCUACCAACGGGUACGUGAGAGCAAAGAAUGUGGUCAUCACGGAAGUGUAGCGAUAAGACGAGGGAGAUGACUUGAUGCAUGUCCUGCUUGCGCACAUG